CUCACACAAGGGGGAGAGAGGGGAGGAGGCGCCGCCAUGAGCGAUGCAUCCUGGGAAAUAAAGCAACAUGGGGCAGCAGCUUGAGGCUCAGCAUGCACUUCCAUGAUCCCACGGAGUGUUUAAGUCUGAGGUAACCCUCCCUCCUAGCUGUCCGUCCGUCCCUCCCUCCGCGUCACCGCCUCCUCCCGGGGACGAUGUGAGGGGCUGGCAGGAGGCGAGAAAACGAGGAAAUUGCAGGCCCCUAGUGUCCGGGAGGAUGGACAGAAACUACCCGACCCCCACCUUUACCGACCCGCUGGCUUCAGCAUCCCCCGCGGCCUGGGCCUACGAACGGAGCGCCGCCGGGAUCAAACCCAGCUUGAGUUAUGGAGCGGGACAUCCUACCCAUUCAGAAACGGAGCUUCUGCACAGACAGACCUACGCAGCCGCCCAUCAGCUCCCUGGAUACGCAACCACACACCAUCCCACAGGUCUGUCUGGGAUCUUUGACACGAGCCUCCACAUGGCUGGCAGUAACACUACAGAAACAUCGGUGAUGAAUUUCCUCUCGGCAAUCGAGUCCCGGACAGCCCAGGCAGCUUCAUCAGGGACAACCCUCCUGCCACAGUUUAGGGCUCCAUCUUGGCAAACUGGUUUUAGACUGAACAACAGCGACAAGGAGGUGCCAGCAUUUCAGAGCUAUACAUUCUAUGAUCAGGUUGCAGCCACUGCUGAUUAUCAGGGCAUGCAUUCCUCGACAGCAACCGAACUGUUUGUCACUGGAGCUUUGCAAACGUCUGGAACAUUUCCUACAUCUGCCCUUACAGCGUAUCAGCACCCGAACACAUUUAGCUCGAGAAACUUUGCUACCACCCCAUCCCUUGCCCUUCAAGAUGGAACUUUCAGUGCUGCUACAAACGGCCUGCUUUCCCCCCAUGAUCCCCUGCUGCAGAUUAAAACAUCACAAACACCAACUGCUUUGACUUUUGAACGUAUUGGCGGUGCUGUUUUAAGUACCAGCAUUCCGCAAUCUUCAACAUAUCGCUCAGCCCAGGAGUCUGCUCCCCAUCUCUUGCAGCCUCAGUUUAGCUUGUUGCCUACAGCUCUUGGAGGGACUCAGCAGCCUGCACAGCCAUACAGCACAUCAGUCUUUACAGGUUCUACCGCCUCCAUUGAAAGAGCACUUCAGAGGGAAUGUAGUGUUAUUAAACACCAUCAGAGGCCUUCCAGUACACAGUCAGUUCAGGCACAGCUAUCUGGUGCUCAGCAUUCCUUACCUAAUUAUUUAACGAGCCUAAGUGGAGUGUCAUUGCAGGACGCAUCCAGACAGGCAUCACUUUUGUGCACUCCACUAGGUCUUACUCAGGUGAGCAAUGGUGGGCCGGUACAGAAGACCUCUCAAGUUUCAUUGGAAUUAUCCCAGUCAUAUCCAUCAGUCAUACCAUCUCCUGGCUACCCUCCAUCUUCUACAAAAUCAAAAAACUGCCCUACAAAGGCACCCCCAAGGUCCUCAAAACCUCCUAAAUCCCAGAGUGUAGUGUCUCCUGAGCAGACGCAAAGCUACACCAAGUCUUCACAGAACCAGAGUUCUGUCAAUUCAAGCCAAGCACAAGCUUUCUCCACAGCACAGCUACCCAGUCUUCUUUCUGUAAGCCAAUCUCCCAUUUAUGUUUCAACACAGUCACCAAAUUUGCCAUCUGCCAGUCAAUCACAAGUCUUUUCUACAAUCAAAACGGAAAAGCUGCCUCCAUUGUAUAAACCACUGAUUGCAUUUUCUAGCCAAUCGCAAACCAUAACCUCUGGCAGCCAGACACUAAGUUACCCAUCCGAUCAGUCACUUUCCAUUUCUUCAGUGUCAAGUGAGACAUAUUCUGAUCAAACAAGAGAUUUGUCUUCAGCUAAUCAGUCACAAAGUUAUUCUUCCAAUAACUCUCAGGGUUUAACUUCAGUUAGUCAGUCGCAAGUUAUCUAUUCAUCUCAGUCACAGGUGAUGUCCCCAGUAAGCCCCUCCAACAGCUAUACUUCAGGACAAAACCUAACACUGGCAUCACCUUCCCUUCCAUUUUCUGCUUCCUCACGUGGACAGAACUUGUCCGCUUCAAGUCCAACCCAAAAUUUCAUUUCUAUGCAUCCAACGCCAAAUACGCAAGAUCCAACCUCUCCGCAGUCUCAAAAGUUUUUGCCAAGCGUUCAGCCCUCAUCCUUUGCAUCUCCUCCACACUCGCAAGCCAUGCAGAAUAGUAGAACUACAGCUGACUCCAAAUCCUAUGUAAAACGGAAAUCCGACACCAACCUGUAUGCUUCUGCAAAACAAGAAGAGAAAUUCCAAAUACAGGACUUGCAGGCUUUACAGCAGACUACUUUAGAAACUGCUACCCCUGGUCUUGGCGAAGGUGAGCUAAAUACCCAUGAAACGGCCUACAGUGUUUCAAAGGCUGAUGACCGAUAUUCUCAGAGUGUUAUCAAAAGCAAUUCUAGGAUGGAGGAGCAGGUUCUCAGCCUGCAAGGAACUAAAAAAGAGGAAUGCUUGAUAAGUCCUGUUGGCCAUAUGUCCCAGCAUGUUAGCCAUCUAAAUAAUUCUGUUAGUCAUGAUGGGAAAAAGAAUACAGACUUAAUACAAUCCACACAAGUAAGUGCUAAAGACCUGAGUCAGCAUAAUAUGCUGCAAAAAGUUCUAGACACAAAGAUGCAGGAGCAGCCAAGCACGUCCCCACAACUACAGGCUGCCAUGAGGCAUUCUCAGCAUCUUCAGCUUCUGGAUUCAGGAUGCGAUUUGCAGAUGUUUCAACAGUCUAUUUUGCAGUCAAACAUGGGGCAAACAAAGCCCUCUACGCAAAUGCAGCAAAUUCAGAGCCCACCCCAAGUAGCACAUGCGUUUCUUCAAAUGGACGGGCAAAUAAUUCAGAGCAAUGGAGCCCAGGCUCAGCAGUCUCUUCACGCCCAAGGUUCAGAAGUAAUAAAAAUGGACACAUCUGAUGGCAAACAUUUGCAGCAGCACUUGCACACAAAAGAUCAUUUCAGUCAGAGAGGCCGACUGGACUCCAAGAAUCAGUUUGACUCUCUAAAUCCAAUGUGUUUCUCCGAGUCCAUGCUGCUCAGCGAUGAAAGGAACUUUUUGUCUCACGUUGAUGAUAUAUUAGCAGCUACGGCUGCUCAAGAAUUUGCCAAGUCUUCUAAUGAAGAAAAUCUGUCAGUCAAAAACCAAGACGCUAAAUCUCGAUUUCAGUCUCUAAAUGUUAGACACAUGUCCCCGACCUUUGCACCCCCAAAGCCACAAAACAUGAAUAGCCUUUCCUUAAAUGGUAGCCAAACCGCAAUAAACCUCUCAACCGUUUCUACCGCUCAGACCAAAAAUGUAAGUCUUGAUCAAACACGUAUUCAGCCAAUGGAACAAGACCUGCAGAGCGGAAUGGUUUCACCGGUACCCGGGGCGAACCAGGAAGAUCAUGAAAAGAAUUCAGAGAAAAUCAAGACGCAGUCAAGCGUUAAUCAGGAACCAAAGGAAGGGGGGAAUAUACCAGAGGAGGUCAGGGAUGCACAGUUUCUUUCCAAUAACAAAACCCUUAGUGAGGAGAAUACGACACCUGAAGGGGAUUUCAUUAUGGGCGGUGAUGAAAACACGGCUCUUGGCCAAGUUCCAAGUCAGCAUUUAUCCAAAAUAGAUCCUCAGGCAGGGGGCAGUUCCACUAGCCAAAUGGAAGAAGACUGCCCAGAUCUCUCCCAAGAUGGCCUUCAAAAGGGAAAAGACAAAAUGCCAAUAAAACAAUUCACGGAAGAUGAAAAUGCAAAUCUCAAGCAAAUAAAGCGAAACAUGCCCUUAAAGAGGCCCGUCAGCAAGGGCCCAGAUGUGCCAGGUGUGCAAUAUUCCUCUCACGUUUCCGAGGGUUAUUACGAUUCAUACCAGCACCAGGAGAGGAUGAGGCAAAAAAUUAAGGAAGUCGAGGAGAAACAGCCUGAAGUAAAGUCUGGAUUUAUUGCGUCGUUCUUAGACUUUUUAAAAACUGGACCAAAGCAGCAGUUUUCUGCUCCUGCAGUUCGUGUGCCCGGUCGCGUUCGAAGGCCAUGCACCCCAGUAAUAAGGCCACCAUGCCCUGGCCCUCUUCCUCAGCAAUCUGCAGCAGGUGCUCCGGUGCCCGACAGUGGCAACACAAGCUCUCCUAAAAAGGCAGAGGAGGAUUUGAAGAAGAACCUGGAGACACUGCCUUCCUUUUCUUCUGAUGAAGAUGAUGCCAAUGUGGGCAAUAAUGACCUCCAGAAGAGCAUAUCCACGGCACUCUCUGCUUUGGAUGAGAACUCUGAAAAAAGGCUCAAAACUGAAGGAGACAAGGCAACCCUUUCCACCAAGCAAGAACCUUCUACCCCAAGAAAUGGCCAAGACAAGACUAAAGCUCAAGAAUCUGUCAAACCCAGCCAGCCUGAGCCUACCCAGCCAGAACAGCUCGCCAAGUUACAGGAGACCAUUGCAAUUGAGGGUUUCACCGAUGAGGAAAACACAGAAAGCGGAGGCGAGGGGAUGUACCGGGAACGAGACGAAUUUGUGGUGAAAAUUGAAGACAUAGAAAUGCUCACGGAAGCAUUACGUACCGGAAAGGAGCCUCCGGCUAUUUGGAAAGUCCAAAAGGCCUUGCUGCAGAAAUUCAUCCCUGAAAUAAGAGAUGGACAAAGAUCGUUCGCUGCUACAAACAGUUACCUGGGUUACUUUGGAGAUGCGAAAACAAAGUACAAGAGAGUGUAUGUGAAGUUUGUUGAAAAUGCGAACAAGAAGGAAUACGUGCGUGUUUGCUCUCGGAAACCCAAGAGCAAAGUAUUACCACCCGCAAGAACUACUCACACGAAGGCGAGUGGGGGCAGCAAAGUGUCUGAGACUCCUCCCCCUAAGAGCGCACCACCAAAAGUAGUGUCUGCGAAACCCAAAGCCAAACAGCAGAAGACCAAGGCUGAGCCCCCACCAAAGAAAAGGAAGCAGUGGAAAGAAGAGUUUUCGUCUUCCCAGUCUGACUCCUCGCCAGACAUGCAAAGUGAUGAGGAAGAAUUUGAGCCUCCGCCUCCACCCAUUGUCACACGAUUUCUAAACACGAGAGCGAUGAAAGAGACCUUUAAAGGAUAUAUUGAGCUUCUUGUGGGCCUCACAUUGGAUGGGAAUAUGAUGCAAAAUCUGGAAAAAGAAAAUGAUGACGUUCUCCUGCCACACAUGAGAAAAAUCGAAGGCAUGUUAAACGAGAACAGGCGAAGGCUGCUUACAAAAUUGCAGCUAGAACAGCCACUCAAGAAUGCUCUGGAAAAUUACCCGGAUUUUGCAAUCAUUUCCCGAGAGACAAAAGGCAAAUCUGGAGGAGCCGCGGCUUGCAAAAUAAAAGUCAAUGGCAAGUGGUAUAACAAGAAAACCCUGCGGCCUGCCAAGAACCCAUCAAAGCAAUCACAGGAGUUCCCUGUACAACCAGAAAAAUCACAGCUGUGCUCACUGUAUCAUGCACUCCACCAUUACAAGUACCAUAUAUAUCUCAUAUGCAAAGAAGAGGUUUCCUCCGUUCAGAAGGCAAAUCGAGACCUGAAGCAAGAGGAGCUGGUCAACCACUGUCUGAAAAAGAUAAAGUGGGUGGAGGAGCUCUUUGAGAAGUUUGGUGAACUUUUGAGUCGUGUGCAGCAAACAUGUUCUUAGGCCCAAGCUUUAUGUCCCCAGCCCUCCGCUCUUCUUACAGUAUACCCCUCCCCUCCCCCCCAACAGCACUAACAUACUGAAAGAGACGGCUACAGACUCCAAACGAGACGCUGCUAAUGCGCUCCGUGCGUCGGAGGAAUCUGCUCUGGCGAGAGCCUAAUCCCCCAGGAAAGACUGGGAAGACAGCACGUUUUAUCCUGGCCAUUUUGUUUUUGUUUUUUUCCUCAAUUUUUUUUUUUUUUCCAUUUUGUAAACUAUUGGGUAAUGCUUUAUUUUUAUUUUAAAGGAAAUUUUUUUUUUCUGCAAAAUGAUACAGCAUGCACUAAAUAUAGAGUUACUUUCUUUAUUACCUAUAGCGAUAACACUUAAAUGCUUUACUACAUUCUUUUGGGUUUUUUCCUGCCUCUGUAAAAAGAGAAUCUCUGUAUCCCCCUCCCCAUGAAAGAGUAAGACCGAGGUACAAGAACAAUAUUUGCCUUUAUAAUUCCCGGAUCACUGCAUUUAGCCUACUAAGAAAUACUGUACAUUUUGUAAAACAAAGAGUUCUGCGCGACCUCCCCCUCCCCUGACAUAACCACCAUGAUUAAAGAAUCGUAUAAAUCAUUACGCUUUACGGACUCCUUUUACGAAUGAUUAUUGUUCAGGAGACUGAACGCGGAGUUGGUGCAAUUCUAUGCUUUUUUUUUUUUUUGGUGUCAAAUUAUAUUAUAAUGGAUAAAAGAAAAAAAACAAACAAAAAAAAAAAUACCUUAACUAUUUUCCUUGUUUUGAAGAAAACUAUUUUCCUUUAUACUGUGUUUUUCCUUUAAAAAAUCAAUUGUACAUUUUAUCUCACUAAUAGUUGUAUUUUUCACAAGAGAAAAUAUUGUGGUUAAAAUUAUGUUUCAUGGAUCUUUGUAAUACACUUCCCAUUGUUUUCAGCCAAUCCCUAUUCAUUUCUAUGUUGAUUUUGCAUUUAUGCAAUAAAUCUCUAGCUAGGCUUCCUCCCCUCCACCCCUAGAUGUUAGAUACAGUGUUAACCAGCAACUGUAUAGCGGGUUAAUUUACAUUUACAUGUAGAUCAUAGACACUGCAACCAUUUUCUGAUCCUUGAAAAAUAAAUUCCUUACUAAACUUG